AAUACGCAACAGCAUGACUGCAUGGCCUAUAUAUAUUUAGUCCUAGCUUAAAUGGACUUGCACAGUUAUACCUGAUUUCAUUCGCGGAAGAAGACGAGUAUGAUGACGGGUCAAGGGAGCUACAUGGCACCGGCUGAAGGAAAUCCUGCAGUCGCUGUGGUGGGGCAACAUUUUAUGGUACCAUAUCCAGUUGAUCUUACUAUUGUACGCAAGAUGUUGACGAUAUCAGAAGGUAACUUCGGGGUAACAGAUGCUAAUGGUAACAUCAUGUUUCAAGUUAAGGGCAAAUUACUUAGUUUCCGUGAUCGUCGUAUUUUGCUUGAUGCUGCUGGUAACCCUGUCCUCUCUCUCCAGCAAAAGAUGAUCAGUCUACAUAAUAGAUGGGAAGUUUACAGAGGGGAUAGCAAAGACUCCAGAGAUUUCCUUUUUACUGUAAAGAAGUCAUCUCUCCUCCAAGUCAAGACUCAACUGGAUGUCUUCUUGGCAUCUAACACUUCUGAGCAUAACUGUGACUUCAAAAUCAAAGGCAGCUGGUUCGAGAGAUCAUGUACCAUUUAUGCCGGAACUACUUCAACUGUCAUAGCUCAGAUGCACAAGAAGCAUAGCGUUAGCAGCAUUGUGCUUGGAAAGGACAAAUUUGCAGUGACUGUGUACCCGCAUGUUGAUUAUGCCUUCAUUGUUGCCCUCAUAGUGAUUCUGGAAGAAAUCAAUGAAGCCCGCAGUAAUGAAGGCUCCUCAGGUUAUAUAGAAAACCACCAAUCCGAUGUGGGACUUGGGUUGGAAUUUUGAUUCAAAAUUGUAGCUGAAAUAUUAAUUAGUUGAGUUUGUUUUAAUGUUGGUUGAUUGUAGAAAUAUUUGUAAUUGAUUAGGCUAUAUGAGUGGCACUAUUCAUGCUUAUUUGUUGGAUGUAAACUCUAUAUAAAGAUUAUUAUGAUGAAUAAAAGAAUAAGCUUCCACCUAA